UGAAAGUCGGAUACGCUGACUCAAGAUCAGCUCCAUGAUUCCUUUUUGACGCUUUUUAUUUGACCAUAUUGCGCUCAACUGAUUUGGGAUCAGCUGAUGCUUGUAGUUCACCACUGAAUGCAGGAGCUAGAAGCGAAAGGAUUCGAAGCAAGUGUAGACGUUGACGGUUUUCAUUUACACUGGUGUGUUUUGAAGGUGACAGCCACAAAUUGGAAUAGUAGGCUUCAUAAACAUUUUUCGUAACUUUAGCCAAUUGGGCUAAACCCGAAGGCAACCUGGAGGAAGCGGGAGUUCCGAAGAUAUGCACUCAGCAUGGAUUUUAUGUAAUUCCUACAGGAUGUGAAGAGAUGAUGGCUCCAGAGAAAGAACAGAAAGGGACCAGUCGUGUGAUAUUGGUCAAGAAAGUUAUAAUGCGGGAUGGGAAUGUGGCACAGCCAGGCAUCGGGAAAGCCAGUGUUGGCCAUGCUGUGGUGGUCAUCUUCUUGGAGUUCUUUGCCUGGGGACUGCUAACUACCCCCAUGCUGACGGUUUUGCGGGAGACGUUUCCACAUCACACAUUUCUGAUGAAUGGUCUCAUUCAGGGAGUAAAGGGUCUUCUGUCUUUCAUGUGCGCUCCUCUGAUUGGCGCCCUGUCUGACGUGUGGGGUCGGAGGUCCUUCCUGCUGGUGACUGUGUUUUUCACCUGCGCCCCUAUCCCCCUCAUGAGGCUCAGCCCAUGGUGGUACUUUGCCAUGAUCUCUGUGUCGGGGGCUUUUGCUGUCACCUUUUCGGUCAUCUUUGCAUAUGUGGCUGAUGUCACAGAGGAGCGGGAGAGGAGCACGGCCUAUGGACUGGUGUCUGCCACCUUCGCCGCCAGCCUCGUCACAAGCCCGGCCAUCGGGGCGUACCUGUCGAUGCGCUAUGGCGACAACCUGGUAGUGCUGGUGGCCACGCUCAUCGCCCUGGCGGACAUCUGCUUCAUCAUGCUGGCUGUGCCCGAGUCGCUCCCGGAGAAGAUGCGUCUCAACACCUGGGGGGCGCCCAUCUCCUGGGAGCAGGCUGACCCGUUUGCUUCUCUGAGGAAAGUGGGGAAGGACCCCACUGUUCUUAUGAUCUGCAUCACUGUGUUCCUGUCCUACCUGCCUGAGGCGGGACAAUACUCCAGCUUCUUCCUCUACCUCAGACAGGUCAUAAACUUCACCCCCACCACGAUAGCCGUGUUCAUCGGAGUAGUGGGCAUCCUCUCGAUCGUGGCGCAGACGCUGGUGCUGACACUGCUGAUGAGGACUAUUGGGAACAAGAACACGGUGCUGCUGGGCCUCGGCUUCCAGGUUCUACAGCUGGCCUGGUACGGCUUUGGCUCCGAGCCCUGGAUGAUGUGGGCAGCGGGGGCGGUGGCAGCCAUGUCCAGCAUCACCUUCCCCGCGGUGAGCGCUCUGCUGUCCCGCAGCGCCGACCCUGACAAGCAAGGCUUGGCACAGGGCAUGAUCACUGGCAUCCGAGGGUUGUGUAACGGCCUGGGUCCUGCCCUCUACGGCCUUAUUUUCUUCAUGUUUAACGUGGAGCUGAACGGGAUUGGGCCCAUUGAGUCCGGCUACCCCAUUGCCCCAAUCAGCCCCCCUGAGAGGAGCAUCAUCCCUGGGCCACCGUUCCUGCUGGGUGCGUGCACGGUGGUGGUGGCCUUCCUGGUGGCGAUGUUCAUCCCUGAGCGCAGCGCCGAGGCUGACGUGGCGCUGUGCCACACGCGCAAGACCAGCACCAGCUCCAUCUCCAGUGGCAGCGGCAGCGCUGAGCUGCCCGAGGCCCACAUCAACGCGCCGCUGCCCGGCAGCGAGGACGACCUGGACUUCGAGCCGCUGCUGCAGGACAGCAAAGUGUGACGUGUGAUACGCCUCUCCUCUCCCGGCUCUCCGCCUUCCCUGUGUGUGACCUCGUGAUUCCAACACCUCCCCGUGCCUGCGGUGUGUGUGUGUGUGGGGGGGGGUUGUUGUUGUGUGAGGAGGGCCACACCGUUUUUUUGUUGUGAGACUCUUUCCUUACCUUUCUUGAAGGAAGAGGGGACAGGACCAAUUUUUGCCACACUACAAGUGAACUACCAGUGUUCAUCAGUUACGAAUUCCCUCACUCACAUAGAUAUAUAUACACACCGAGAGAGAAAGAGAGAGAUUUUUUCUCCGCGUGAUUUUAACGUGUCGUUACUUCUGUUUUGUUGAUGCAAGGGAAUAUGUUGUGGGGACAUGAUUCUCGAGGACUGUUCCUUCUGCGUUGUUUGGGGAGUUUAGUCUCUGCAAUAUCCAUGGAGUUGGCUUGAGGCCUGGUUCCAAAUGCAAAUGGUUUAUUCCAGACAGAUGGCUCCCCUGUCGUUUGAAAAUACAGCCGUGGGAAUGUGUGAUUUUAAGUAGCCAUAACAGAAGAAGGGACCAGUGAGUCGGAAUGUCCAGGGGCUACCAGGGUGCCAGUAGAAUUUAAUCGCA